GGCAGCGGUUCGUGUGGUUGUUGCUGCUGGAGCGCAGGGAGCGGAGGAAACAUGUGCGGGAAGCAGCAGCAGCAGCGGCAGCGGGGAUGGCAGUAGCGGGGGGACCUGGAUUAUCUGGCACCCAAGGGCACUGACCCAGGCGCAGGGUGCCCUAUAGUGGCCCGCAGGCUGAGCCGGACCCAACACUUCUUUGCACCCAAUGACCGUGUCUGGUGGGGACUGUGGAGCUGUUCUGGGUUUCACUGGCUGAUCGGGAAGGACCAGACCCGCCAUCACCAGGAGCAAAGGGCUGUACCUGCGCUCACUUCUUUGAGGAGGCUGAGUGGAGACGUGUGAGAACUGCAGCCAUGAAUGCAAUCGUCUUCAACAAGCUGAGUGGCCAAGUCCUCUUUGAGGAAUCGCCUAAUGAUCGGGAGAGGGGAGUCCGACCCUACCUAGGAGUAAUGGAGAGUCCAAAUGCUGAUGUGGGGCUACAGGAUGGAAUUUCCAUUAAGGACAAUGCUAGUCUCAGGCACCGGCGCCCCGGAAGCUCCAGAGGUGCCAGUGGUAAAGUUAGGCACAAGCGUCAAGCUUUGCAAGAUAUGGCUCGGCCACUCAAGCAGUGGCUCUACAAGCACAGAGAUAACCCCUACCCGACCAAGACCGAGAAAAUCCUGCUGGCCCUUGGGUCUCAGAUGACUCUGGUACAGGUCUCAAACUGGUUUGCAAAUGCAAGACGUCGCCUAAAAAAUACUGUGAGACAACCAGACCUGAGCUGGGCUUUACGGAUAAAAUUGUAUAAUAAAUAUGUCCAAGGGAAUGCUGAGCGGUUAAGUGUGAGCAGUGAAGACUCCUGUUCUGAAGAUGGGGAAAAUGCCCCAAGAAGCCACCAUAAUGAAGAAGCCUAUGACAAGCCUAUUCACCAUACUGUGAUUACCAAAGAAAGCUCGGUCAUCAAAUCAGGUGUAAGAGCGGAGUCAAGUGCCAGUGAAGAUUAUGUUUCCCCUCCAAAAUACAAGAGCAGCUUGCUGCACCGCUAUCUCAAUGACUCUUUGCGACACGUCAUGGCCAGUAAUGCAGCAAUGAGAGAAAAAACAAGGCAGAGGAACCACUCAGGGUCAUUUAGUUCCAAUGAGUUUGAAGAAGAGCUCGUAUCCCCCUCAUCUUCAGAAACAGAAGGCAACUUCGUCUACCGAACAGAUACGUUGGAGUCUGCAGCAAAUAAAUGCCAAAGUGCAGUUAAUAAAGAAGGGGCCAGCAAAGAUGAAACGUACUGGAGAGAGAUCAACGCAGCCAUGGCCUUAACGAACCUUGCGCAAGGGAAAGAUAAACUGCAGGGAACGACGAGCUGCAUCAUUCAGAAAUCCUCGCAUAUAUCGGAAGUGAAGACUGUUAAAGUGGCGCUGCUUCACAAAUACUAACCUGGGGCUUCUCAGACUUACCCAGCGCCGGAGUUUGCCCCACGGAUCUGAGAACAAUUACUAUUCUGGUUGCUAAACAUCUAAAUCAGAAAAGUCUUGGAUGCCAGGCCCUGCCGGACAUGUACUGUACAUUCUCAUGCCUUACUCGUUUUUUUGUUUUGUUUUUUUUAAACCGGGAGGAAUACAUAACUUAUUUUAUCCGUCAGCCUAAAUAUUCCGCUGAUAAGUAAGAAUCGCUUUUGCCAUUUGUGCCUUGCCUAAAAGAAAUAAGCUACAACGUGGGCAUGAGAUCAAGUUCUUGUGCCUUAAUUUAUGAACGCCAUAAUGCUUUUUAUAUUUAAUCGAGGUUUAAAACUACCUGUGCUGCCAACAAGUUGAUAUUUGUGGCUGAUUGGGAAAGUGCAUGAAAUAUCACAGAGAGUAUAUCUGUAUAUCAUACAGUAUUUUUGACGUUUCAGUUUUUGUUUUUCAGUUACCUUGGAAAGUCUAUUUUAUUGUUCUUUAUUCAGAAACUGAUCGUGAUCCACCCUGACAAAUAUCACAGGUUCUGUAGCUCCCUGUAACACAGGCUGAGCCUGGUACAGUGUAUACACUGCAUGGGCAAACGUAUGUGGACAGUACUUAUACUUAGUGAUGAGCGAAUCUGUUCCGCUUCGCUGAAAAAUUAGUGAAUCUUUCAAAAGAUCAGUGAAACUGCAAAA